AUGGCGCCGAAAAGCAUCUUCCCAAGCAGCCCCCUCUCACUUGAGGCAAUCAAGCUCGGCCGCUUAGUCCUCAACACCCGCUAUCCCCAGCAAGAUUACAUCGACCCCUCCACCGAGUCACCAAAAUUCACCAAAAGCCCCCUCCAUGACUUUGAAGAGAUCAGGUCUUCAGUGCGAGCGUCGGGCCUUCGAACUCGGCUUGCCAGCCUUCUCUCCAUGACGUUUGAAAACCGGGACGACUAUCUCGUCGAUUUCUCUGCGGCAAAGUCCUUCACAUUCCUGUUGGACAACUCGAAAGCGUGGUUUGCCCGGGCGUGCGGGAACCCCGAGUCACGCACAUGGCUUAAUCACGCGAUAGAGGAUGAUGCCAAUGUUUAUUUAGUUGUUGGAUUCCACACUCUUGUCGAUGCCCGUGUCACCGAACGAGGCCGCAUCUCCGAGAGCGGAGACUUGAGUACGGGUGUUAAAAUCACUGGUGGUGGCAUACCCGGGGUUGGCGGGUUCGAGCUUACCGCUGAGGUAGGUGCUGGAAGCGGACAAGGCCACAGGUUUCAACGCAUGUUCGCUACGCCAGGUGAACAGAUAUAUGCCGUACAAUACAGGAAAGUCAAGUUUAACUGGUAUUCAAGCCGUAAAGUCGAGACAGCCUUCCUUGAGCCGAACAAUCGAUGGAAGCCCUGUCUGGGUGUUAGGGGAGAAGUUUCAACAGGGGUAGAUGAUGUGGUGGAGGUUGAAAUUAACGAGGGAGGGGAGGACGAGGACGAGGACGAGGAUGAGGAUGAGGGCGAGGAUAAGGGCGAGGAUGAGGAUGAGGAUGAAGAUGAUGAGGAUGAGGAUGAGGAUGAGGAUGAUGGGGAAGACGAGGAAGACAUCGAUGAAGAAAAAAAAGGUGUCCGUCCAGUGGGUGUUAAAAGUAACAAGGUUACUGAGAAGUAUGUUACCGAAAGCGGUGGAAUAGAGUUUGUCUUCUAG